CCAUCGAUAAGACAUUAGUUCUGGGUCUCUGGUCAAACCAACCAUCAACAUUAUGUCGUGCAAAUCUUUCCUCACACUCAUCACUGUGCUACUCUGUGCCAACGCCGUCUUCGGUGUGAACAUCAUCUCAAGAGCACAAUGGGGUGGUCGCUCGGCGACUAGUAAAUCUACAUUGGCAACUGGUUUAUCCUACGCCGUUAUUCAUCACACUGCUGGCGUCUACUGCUCCACCCAAGCUGCUUGCUCCCUACAAAUGCGUAAUAUGCAGAAUUAUCACAUGGACUCCUUGGGUUGGGCUGAUAUUGGUUAUAACUUCCUGAUCGGUGGUGAUGGUCAAGUGUACGAGGGUCGCGGUUGGAAUACAUUGGGCGCUCAUGCCACCAACUGGAACUCCAAGUCCGUUGGUAUCUCUUUUAUGGGCAACUACAAUACUAAUGUGCCCACCGCUGCUCAAAUCGCUGCCGCCAAGGCUUUGCUUGCUGAUGCUGUUUCACGUGGUCAAAUCAAAUCUGGUUACAUUCUGUAUGGACAUCGUCAAGUCGGCUCCACUGAGUGCCCCGGUGAUAACUUGUAUGCGGAAAUUAAGAAAUGGGCCAACUGGAGGGCAUAAUUUAAGGAUAAAAAUACACGAUUAAAUAUGAUAUGAAAUGUUGUUAUAAAAAUGAAUGAUUUUCAUUACUCAAACAGUUAAA